GCCGCCCAUUUAAGCGCAAGCGGACGGCCUCCGCCGGACGCCAGUCGACGCGACUCGACUCGUUCGGAGGCGCAGCGUUGCAGAUCGACAGGUGCGGCAGCUCCCUGGUUGCUGGGGGCAGCCUACAUCAAACUCUGCAGCAGCAUGCAGCCGCUCGCCGCCAGCACGCCGCUCGCAUACCAAGAAGACAACCCGAAGCCGGAGGACAGCGCGGCGUACGCGCGCUACCAUAAAUACAAGGGCGCGCAGACGUUCGAGGCCUUCCUGCAGAGCGGCGGCACGCUCCGGGACUUGCGCAAGGACAAAAAGAACGGCUACGUCGCGGUCGAUGCGAACAUGGACGGGGCGGAGGCGCUCGUGAAGAAACUCACGGCGCCGAAGUCGCUCGUGCCCCGCUGGCGCGCGAUGAAGCGGAUCCAGAACGACCUCGCGGCUUUUGACACCGGAGUGGACCCCGGCGGCGAGUACGUCCAGCCGAAGCCGAGCUUCAUGGACCCCAUCGGCGACGUGCCCCGGCGGGCGCCGCUCUUCCAUUCGACCCGGCGACGGCGGCCGCCGCCCGCCGAGCUGCUGCGGCACCGUGCGCUCGUCCGGACCGCGCUGUCCACGCCCGGCUUCGAUGGCGCCGACAAAAUCGCGAAGGCGGGCAACGGCGGCCAGAAGCUGUGCUGGCCCGCGAUGCCGCUCGAGUCGACGUACCGCCUGCGCGCGCCGCCGACGCCUGCGCAGGUGGAGGCCAUGCGCCUGCGCGAGACGGAGCCGCUGGUCAUGGAGCCCUGGCGGCCGGCCGGGGCGGGGCUGCGGGCGGUUUAA